CGUAAUAACAAAAACCGAAGCCCCAUUUGGCUCCCAGAAGAAGGGUAACCAGGCUGUUUAUUGUUCCAUUCCUCCAUCUUUGAAGCUUUCUUUCUUUGCCAGGAUUUCUUUCACAACAACACCCCCUUCACGUGUUCCUCCAUCGCUAAUUGUUUUUAUUUUGUAUAAAUGAAAAUAGAAACCCAAAAAAACUUAAAAAACUUUCGUUCUGUGAGAUCUGUGAGGUUUUUUUCUCUUAAUUUUAUAACAAGUUUUUGGAAUGCAUUACGUUUUUGUCCAUUUCUGUCUCAUUUAUUAUUGUUUUCUGUUGAACUUGCUUCAAAUUAGAAGACUUGAUCUGGGUUGUUUUCUUAUCAAACGGGUUUUGUUUUGUUGUUUCAACGUUUGAUAUAUUUAUACGUCUUUUUGUCUUACUAUGUGAAUCUCUUUAUCAUCAUUCUCUUCCAAUCGGUUUGAUCUGUCUAUUGUUUUAAUGAUGUAUUUUUGUCCAUUUUUGUAUCAUUUAUGUCACUCUGUGUUGUUACUUCCUUUUCCUUUGUGUCAAAUAUUGUCAAAAUUUGUAACUUUUUGUUUUUUUCCAAAGAUCUUGCAGUGUUAAAACCCGGGAAUUUGCCAUUUGUUGCCUAGUUAGAAUAAAUGCUUCAAAGUUUGAAUAUUUUUUUUCUCUUGGAGUGACGUGUUUUUGACAAUUUUUACUUUCUAUUAUCACGUUUAAAUCCUUUCAUACUAAUUUCGUUGUUGAUCUGUUUCUGUUCAUUUAGUAUUUUUUAAAAGGUUGACUAUUUUUCACCAUCUUGAUGGGGAUGGGGAUGAUUUGAGAUGUCUUAUAAGAACGGACGGUGCGAUCAGUUGUUUUUCGUGAUGAGUUGUUAGAAAAUGGGGUGGAAAGGGAGUUGGUUUUCCGCUGUGAAGAGAGCUCUUAGCUCUAACUCAAAAGAAAAGAAAGAUCAGAACAACUAUAAAUCGAAGAAAACUUGGUUCGGAAAACAUAAGAAGUCAGAUCUGGUUUCUGUGUCUGAAGAAACCACCACAUUAGCUGUUCCUGCCUCUACUCUUCCUUCUGCUCCGGUUGGUUUAAAAUUAACUGAAACAGAGAAUGAGCAGAGCAAGCAUGUUUACUCUGUGGCUCUUGCCACAGCUGCAGCUGCAGAGGCAGCUGUCGCAGCUGCUCAGGCUGCAGCAGAGGUUUUUCGCCUCACUGCUGUGGCUCGUUACCCUGGAAAAUCAAAGGAGGAAAUUGCAGCUAUCAAGAUUCAAACAGCAUUCCGGGGAUGCCUGGCCAGGAGGGCCUUGCGGGCUUUGAGAGGCUUGGUGAGGCUGAAAUCAAUGAUACAAGGACAAUCUGUUAAGCGGCAAGCAACUACUACAUUAAAAUGCAUGCAGACUCUUGCCCGUGUUCAGUCUCAGAUUCGAGAAAGGAGGAUUGGGAUGUCAGAGGAGAACCGUGCUCUGCAACGGCAACUCCAACAAAAGUGUGAGAAAGAGCUUGAGAAGUUUAGAGCUUCUCAAAUUGGAGAAGAAUGGAAUGAUAGUACACAGUCUAAGGAGCAAAUUGAAGCAAAACUACAACACAAGCAGGAAGCUGCAAUGAGAAGAGAAAGGGCAUUGGCUUAUGCCUUUUCUCAUCAGCAUGUGUUGAAGAACUCUUCAAAAUCUGCAAAUCCAACAUUUUUGGAUCUAAACAAUCCCCACUGGGGUUGGAGUUGGUUAGAGCGGUGGAUGGCAGCCCGACCAUGGGAGAGCCAAAGCACUGUCAAUAACUUUGACCAUGAUUCUAUUAAGAGUUCAACAAACUGUGCAAUGUCUAUGGGGGAACUAAGCAGAGCAUAUUCACUUCAUGAUCUCGAUAAACCUUCCCCAACUGCACAUAAAUUAAGCCGACUUCCCAGUCAUAAAUCACCUUCAACUCCUCCUUCCAAAGCACCAUCUUCAUCAUCAGUAACUGGGAAAAUAAGGCAACCAAGUCCACGAGGGAGUCAAUGGGGUGGGGAAGAUGACUCUAGAAGCAUGUUUAGUGCACAAUCUGACCGAUUCAGGAGGCACAGCUUUGCAGUCUCAUCAGGUGGUGAUGAUGAGAGUCUUGCAAGCUCUCCUGCAGUUCCAAGUUACAUGGCACCAACAAAGUCGACAAAGGCUAGAUCGCGCCCAAGCCCAUUGGGAAUAGACAAAAAUGGGACACCAGAGAAGGUAUCAAUGAGCUCUGCAAAGAAGCGGCUCUCAUUCCACACUUCCCCAGCCGGGCUAAAGAGGCAUUCUGGUCCUCCUAGGAUGGAAUCUACCUUCAUUAAAGAUAUUGAAGCACGCACAGAAGAGAAGGUUGUCAAUGGAGUUGUCAGGUAGUGCAAGAAAGGAAAAAAAUAAAAAAUUUAGAUAAAAAUGCAGAAGAAAAAGAAUGAAUAAAAAGAUGGGUAAAAAACUUUGUUUUAUUUUCAUUAUCUUCUGUAUCAACUGCAUUAGUAAAAGAUGCAAGGGAAGAAAGAAUGAGUAAAAAUUGAUUAUUGUUAUGUAUCCAAUUGUAAUAUUUGCAGUGGAAUAUCAAGUAUCUUUUUCU